AAGAAAAGCGCAGCUUUCGGAAAUAUUAGUUUUGACGAAAGCGUCAAUGUCACAAACAAAUCUUGCACUCAGCUUGACAUAGCGUUUUUGUCAUAUUAUUUCUUUAUAUCAUCUGCAGAGACUCUCUUUCAGCACCAACUCGUCCAUAAGAAAAUCGUACUUUCUAUAUAACAACGGCAUUGCAAUAGACCUUUAUACAGUCAUUUGUCUUAAGUGAUUCAUUCUUGUUCAAUUUAUAUUCAAGCAUACAGCAUCGGCGUUGAUGAUGAUUCGCUUUCCGUGCGUGCUUCUAUUAGCACAUCUUCUUUACACUAACGCUUGGGCAAAGACUGUCCAGGAAACUCUGCGCAUUACCUGGGACGAGGGGGCCCCCAAUGGACAGAGUAGACAACUUAUUCACACCAAUGGACAAUUUCCUAGUCCAACGCUUGUCUGGGACGAAGGGGACGAUGUUGAAGUAACCGUUAUUAACAACAUGGACAAAAACGUGACCGUCCAUUGGCACGGCCUGGACCAAAAAAAUAGUCCUUGGGCUGAUGGUACACCCGGUCUUAGUCAACGCCCGAUCCAGCCCGGAAAGGAAUUUGUAUACAAAUUCAAAGCAUCUCCUCCAGGAAAUCACUGGUACCACUCCCAUGAGAAAAUGUCUCUCGUCGAUGGACUUUAUGGAGCAAUUCAUAUCAGACCAAAACAAAACCGCACAGGGCUUUGGAGCCAGAUAGUUAGCGAUCAAAAAGAUAUCGAAGCCAUGGAGAAAGCUGCACGAGAUCCAGAAUAUCUAGUAGUAUCUGAUUGGAGCCAGUAUACUUCUGAAGAGUACUGGAAGAUAUCUACUGAUUCGGGCAUGCUAAUCUUCUGUCUUGACAGUAUUUUAGUUAACGGAAAAGGAGAACUUUAUUGUCCAGGCCAAAAGUUCCUCGAAUCAGAGCUUGCUCCCGGCCUAGUUGACGAUGCUUUCCCACCUGGCACACAGGUCUCAGAUAAAGGAUGUUUCCCAGCAAAUCUUGAUCAAAUCCAAGGUGGUCCUUGGAACAUCACUAAACGUCCAGAUCUAAUACCACCACGUGUUCUGGAAGGCUGCGUGCCAUCCAAGCAUGAAAAUGCAUCAAUAGUUGUUGAUCCGAAAAAGAAUAACGGCUGGGUUAGCAUGCACAUUGUAGCAGCUGCCACUAUCGCUCAGAUUGCCUUUUCUAUCGACGAACACGAAUUUUGGUUGUACGAAGUUGACGGAAACUACGUUAAUCCAAAGAAAUUUGUCUCCGCGGUAAUGUCCGCUGGUGAGACGUUCUCGAUAAUGGUCAAACUUGAUAAAAAACCAGGAAAGUACACGAUGCGCAUUCCUAACUCUGGGGUUUCACAAGUAUUGGGAGGAUAUGCUGAAAUGAUAUAUGAUGGACAUUGGCAAGACGAGAGAUCGGAGAAGCCAUAUUUGUCAUUUGGCGGCAACCCCGUCUCACCAGAAGUUGAGGAAAAUUCCUACUUUCCAUGGCAGCUGGACACAGAUCACAUGUCACCGUGGCCUGCAAAUAAGCCUCGGCCGGGUAAGGCGGACGAGGAACAUCUGCUGGCGAUUGGCCGUGUUGGUGCGCCAUACAAUUACACUAUGAACACCAAGUACCUAUAUCCCGUUGACUUUCAAAACAACGAUCCGUUGCUAUUCUAUCCCAAUGCAACUAUUGGAACCGAGAAUGAGAACCUAGUGAUCCGUACGAAGAAUGGAUCUUGGGUUGAUCUCAUCUUGCAGGUUUCCACCCUACCUGGGGACACGUCAGCUUUUGAGCAUUUCAUUCAUAAACACGGCAGCAAAACGUGGAGAAUUGGCUUUGGAACCGGUGUUUGGAACUAUACCAGUGUUGAGGAGGCAAUUAAAGAACGACCCAAAGAUUUUAACUUGGAGACUCCUGGUUUGCGCGAUACGUGGCUCACCGCGUUCUCUGUAUCUGGAGAGGCUUACUGGAGCGUUUUUCGAUACUAUGUGGACAAUCCUGGCCCCUGGCUAUUCCAUUGCCAUAUUGAGCUUCAUUUCAUGGGUGGAAUGGGUAUUGCUAUUUUGGACGGUGUUGAUGCAUGGCCAGAAAACAUCCCAAGCGAGUAUAAGCUCGACUAAUAGCGGGCAAGUAGAUAUAGAAAAUCGCAUCUAAUACACACGUGUUUGCAAUAAAGACGGCUAUUUUGGGCUCAGACUUUAAUAUUAC